AUGCAUCUCAGUCUGUUCACAACCACUUUCCUCUCGGUCCUCUCCCUCUCCAACGCCUCCUGCCUCUCGAAACGUCAAGACCUUACCGGCACCUCCAUCUCAGCGAUCGGCAACGCCCGCAUCUCAGCCUUCGAUUCCGCCUCCUUCGCCUUCGUCGCAGCAACCCUUCUCCCAAACAGCAUUAUCUGUCCUGGAGUCAUCGGCGCAGCUGCCACACCUUCAGAAGCUCCAGGCGAUGAUGUCAGAUUGAGGACCGAUCCUAGCGCUGUCAGUCUCUUGGAGCAGAGACAGAGCAUCAGACCGCAUGAGAGUAGGAUUGGCAACAGGAGGACUAAGAGGCAUUCGACUCAGACUACUCCGCCAGUCGAGCCUGCAGUGGCCAGUGCUACGGAUGUUGCGAAGGCUUCUUAG